CUCGUCAAUGGUCCGUGGACGAUCUAACCUGACUUCUCAUCGAACUUUGCGUGAAUUUGCAGAAAACGAGCUUCGGGACGAUGAGAAUCGAAUAGGAGGUUAAAUAUUCGAGAGUCACGAGAGAGAAUUUCGAGUGAAAGCAUCGUCGACGUCGUGAUCGUUCGAUCAACAGGACAAGCGAGAGGAUAACAAUGGGCGUGCCAACUGGCAGAAGCGUCGAAGCGAUGGACGUGGACCCCGUGAAUCCCGCGAGCGCGCCGGACGCGCAGAGCGGCGACGGUGACGGCGCGGGCGAGCGCAAGGACACCGACAUGCAGACCCUGUACGACAUCCGCGAGCACACGCGGCAGAUCGAGAAGGCCGUGCAGAACAAGGAGCCGCGUUUCGUGCUGCGCGCUCUGCGCGCCCUGCCCAACACCCGUCGUCGUCUUAAUCCGGUCGUGCUGCGCGGCCUCGUCACGGGCUUCUACACCAGGUCUGUCGCCGAGCGUGACGCGCUGCUCGCCUGGGUGGAGGAGCCGAUGGACGUCGACGACAAUCAGACCGUCGUCCAAAAGUUCCGCAGCUCCUCGUCGUCGCUCCUGCCCGAGAUCGACGCUUACGUUCACCUGCUGGUGUUGAUCCGACUCAUCGACACCAGGAAGUACAACGAGGCGGUGCAGUGUUCCGAGCUGCUGGUCCAGAAGAUCGCCGCGCAGAACCGCAGGACCAUAGAUCUCAUCGCGGCCAAGUGCUACUUCUAUCACUCCCGCGCCUACGAACUGACGAAUCAGCUGGACAAGAUCCGCGGUUUCCUGCAUCUUCGUCUGCGCACCGCGACUCUGCGUAACGACUUCGAGGGUCAGGCAGUUCUGAUCAAUUGCCUGCUGCGUAAUUACCUGCACUAUAAUCUGUAUGAUCAAGCGGACAAGCUGGUGCUGAAGUCGACCUUUCCCGAAUCGGCCAGCAACAACGAAUGGGCCCGCUUUCUUUACUAUCUCGGUAGGAUAAAGGCCGCCAGGCUGGAGUAUUCGGCCGCGCACAAGUACCUUGUGCAAGCGAUGCGCAAAGCGCCGCAGACCACAGCGGUCGGGUUUAGGCAAACGGUUCAGAAACUGGCGGUAGCCGUGGAGCUUCUUCUAGGCGAUAUUCCGGAGAGACAGAUAUUCCGACAGGCCGCUCUACGACGAGCUCUAGCUCCGUACUUUCAGUUGACGCAGGCGGUACGUUUGGGCAAUCUGCAACGGUUCGGUGAAGUAUUGGAGAACUUCGGGCCACAAUUUCGCGCAGAUCACACGUUCACGUUGAUCCUGCGGCUGCGGCACAACGUCAUCAAAACCGCGAUCCGCUCCAUUGGCCUCUCCUACUCGCGCAUCUCGCCGACUGACAUAGCCCGCAAAUUGGGACUGGAUUCUAGCGUGGAUGCGGAAUUCAUCGUCGCAAAAGCGAUCCGCGAUGGGGUCAUUGAAGCUACCCUGGACCCCGAAAAUGGCUACAUGCGUAGUAAGGAGACCACGGAUAUUUACUGCACUAAGGAACCCCUGCUGGCCUUCCAUCAAAGAAUUACUUUCUGUCUGGAUCUGCACAAUCAGAGCGUCAAGGCGAUGCGUUACCCGCCCAAGUCAUACGGAAAGGAUUUGGAGUCCGCCGAAGAACGUAGAGAAAGGGAGCAACAGGACUUGGAGCUGGCCAAAGAGAUGGCUGAGGAGGACGAUGACGGUUUCCCUUGAAUCCGCGUUCGGAGAUUUAUAAAAGAAAUUAGGUGAAAGUCUGCGACAUUUUUAAGACACUGCUCAAGACAAGAGAUGCAAGAUUAUUAACGUGUGUUUUUCUAAAACGUUACAAAUGAAUUUAUAGAUAACGUCUAGAGCGAGCAAUGAGGACUAGGACGUUGCUGUAAUAUUUAUACUUGCAUUCAUGACCUCGCAUUCAUGAAUGUUAGUAUUGAUAUAAUGACUUAAAGAAUAAAACAUAAGUUAUAUAUAUAUAUGAUAAGUCUAGAUACAAUAGAUGAAAUGAAAGAAACAAUAUUGCAAUUGAAUAAAUAAAGAAAC